UCAUUUAUUUAAAGUUUGUUAUUGAGAUCAGCGGAUUCAACUGCCAAUGCCUCGAAAUGUUUUUCUAAUUGCUUGUUUCAUUUGUUUUGAAUUCAAUUUCACCUCUAAUUGCUGUUUCUAUCAAUCUAAUAUCUUGUUGUUUGUAGCAAUUUGGAUAUGUUGAGUUGUAUUUGAGUGUGAGUUUAAUUAUAUGAGUUUUUUUUUGGUAGUGAGACUGAACUGUAAUCAAGUUUUAGUAGUAUCCGAAUGCAGUAAGUUCUGGACUUGUUAUUGGGGUUUGUUAACAAUUUGACGUUUGCAAAAGUUUUGAUCUUGUUUGAUCCUUUUUGCUUACAUAUAGUCAUAUAGAUUAAUGCUGGAAUUUUGUUGUAGCUACUGAUGCUGCUUGCUGUGGGAGGAUUUGAUGUAUUGAGUUCUUUUAUAACCCAUUGAUUUUUAAAUUUUGAUUGGUAGUGAGUGAAUUGUUGACUGACUGAUGACUGAGUAUCAGUUCUAGAAGACAAAAAUUAAGUGCUUUAAGAAGAUGUUUUAAGUAAUUAUAAUAUAGAGACCGAUUGGUCAAUCAAUUCACAAAAAAAUAUUUAAGGUUCUAUCAAUAGUUUCGCAGAUAACUCAGUUGCCAAGGAGAAAUGUAUAUCCUUGUACGAUGUGCAUAGUAACAGGCUUAGAAAACUUGCGCGUCGAGUGUCUUGUCUCUGCUCUGUAAUUCUCACAAUUCUAGUAUUCUCAAGUCUCCAUUUUAUGUAAUAUUAGUGAUGAGGUAUUUAUAUCAUAGUGCAGAAGAUCUCUGGUGAAGGGGCUGCUUUUUAGAGACACUUAUAUAGUUGGGGGAAAUGUUUUCAAUAUCCUUUUUCCGCCAUGAAGCUUCCUUGCUUAUGCAAUAAAGAAUCUAAACCAAUAAAGAAUUGUCUUUUGAUUUGAGGAAUUGGAGGGAUGCUAAAUUCUACCUGGGAAGUAUAUCAUAAAUGUCAGUUUUACUUCAGCAUCUCAAAUGGAUGAUCAAUGGGUUCAAUAAAUCAUCAUCGAUGGGUCCUAGGAGGUUGAAGGGACCUGAUGCCAAGCCCUUACAUCAGCCAAAAUUUGUUCAGCCUCACAAGUCUCCAUUGAAUGCUAUCAAUCUCAAACAUGAUAGUGAAACAUUUAAAUUGCCUAUUUUAGGGGCUAUACAUGAGAUUUCAAUAUACAUCCAUCGAUUUCACAACCUCGACUUGUUUCAGCAAGGAUGGUAUCAACUUAAGAUUACGAUUAGGUGGGAGAAUGAUGAUUCUGGAUCCUUUGGAACGCCAGCAAGAGUUGUUCAAUAUGAAGCACCUGAUUUGGGUUCUGAUGAUAUAUAUGGUGUCUGGAGAAUUGAUGACACUGACCAUAGCUUUUCAACACAACCUUUCCGCAUCAGAUAUGCAAGACAGGAUAUACUUUUGGCCAUGAUGGUCUCUUUCAACUUAUCUCUCAGCAAACUUGAGGAUCCUUCGACCUCUGCUGUUAUUGUGAAAUUUGAGCUGUUGUAUGCUCCUGUUUUGGAGAACAGGUAUAAUGUUGAUGCUUGCUUGGAUACAUCCCCUGCUGCAGUCCAUGAAUUCCGACUCCCCCCUAAAGCACUUUUAGGGUUGCAUGCCUACUGUCCGGUUCAUUUUGAUGCAUUUCACGCUGUAUUAGUUGAUACAAGUGUACAUGCUAGCCUGCUGAAAAGUGAGGUUCACACUUCCUCUCUGAAGGUACCCAGUGAUCCUAUAUCUGACAAACAUGACCUUGCUGUGGAGCACAAUAAAAUAAAGCAAGUUAUACUCUUCAAAGCAUUAUCAAGUGCUCACGACGUACUUCUAGAAGAGCUACAAAAGCUCAGCAAGGCUAUUGAUGUACCGAUUGAAAUGGAAGAAAUUUCUUCUAGCAUAUUUUUUGGUACCACUCAAAGAUCUGAUCAGGACUUGUCAGAUGCUGAAAUUCCAGUGCAUGUUUCAAGCAAACCCCUUGAAGUUUCACAGAAACACAAUGGUAAAGCUGAUUUUCUUCCUGAUGAUUUUCUCUAUUCGCUCUCUGAAGAGAAGCUGGUCAAGUCACUCGAUUUGAUAGGCAAUCAAGUGAAUUACUUGUGGAGCACAUUUUUAAACUUCCACAGGGCUAACGCAAAGAAGAUUCUUGAAUAUCUUUGCAACCAGUGGGCCGUUGAUCGUAAAGCUGAAUGGUCCAUCUGGAUGGUUUACACUAAGGCUGAGAUUCCUCAUCAGUAUAUAAGCAGUGUAGUGGAUGAUACCGCCAUUCGUGGUUUACGUGGUCGAGGAUCCUCUGUACGAAACUUAGCUUGCGAUCCUGCUCAGACUGCUGCUAUGAGGGCGGAGCUUCAUAGGCGUAGUAUUGCACAAAUGAGGAUCAAUAAUCGUUCUAUUCAAGACUUGCAUGUAUUUGGAGACCCAUCACGCAUCCCCAUUGUAAUUGUAGAGCGAGUUGUCAAUGCACCUGUUCGUUCAACCACCGGAAAUUUCUAUUUCAAUCAGCUGGACCAGAAAUAUACAAACGGCUUGGUUGCUGGAGUUGACUCUAUCCCUCCAAACAAGCUAUCUGGCCCCACUCAUCAAACUGGUCGUGUCCUGAAGAUUGUAGUUUUUGUCCAUGGAUUCCAGGGCCAUCAUCUGGACUUGCGUCUUGUCCGAAACCAAUGGCUUCUGAUAGAACCAAAGGCAGAAGUUCUUAUGUCAGAAGUUAACGAAGAUAAAACAUCUGGAGACUUUAGAGAAAUGGGUCAGAGGCUAGCACAAGAAGUCGUGUCAUUCGUGAAAAAGAAAAUGGAUAAGGCGUCUAGAUCUGGGGUCCUGAGAACAAUCAAACUUAGCUUCGUUGGACAUUCCAUUGGAAAUAUCAUUAUAAGAACUGCACUCACAGAGACAAUUAUGGAACCGUAUCUGAGAUUCCUGCACACAUACGUCUCGGUAUCUGGCCCACAUCUUGGUUACCUUUACAGUUCGAACUCGUUAUUCAAUGGGGGUUUGUGGCUCUUGAAGAAGCUCAAAGGCACACAGUGCAUUCAUCAGCUGACUUUCACAGAUGAUCCUGAUCUGCAAAAUACUUUCUUAUACAAACUGUGCAAGGAAAAAACGUUGGAGCAUUUCAAAAACAUUAUUCUGUUAUCUUCACCUCAGGAUGGCUAUGUUCCAUAUCAUUCCGCAAGAAUCGAAAUGUGCCCUGCAUCUUCAGGAGACUACUCGAAGAAGGGCAAACUUUUCCUCGAGAUGCUAAACGAAUACCUGGACCAGAUCCGAGCACCUUCCUCCGAGCACCGCGUGUUGCUGCGUUGUGAUGUCAAUUUCGACAUCUCCUUACAAAGAAGAAACUUGAACACCUUGAUUGGACGUGCUGCUCACAUCAAGUUCUUGGAGACGGACAUCUUUGCCAAAUUCAUAAUGUGGUCUUUCCCGGAACUGUUCCGUUGAUUUGCUGCCGGGCAUAUCUCCUCCUGAAUGCAGAGUCUCGGGGUGCCUGAGCUGUAUUCAGCGCCAUCCGACCUCCAUUUUUUUACAAGAGGGUCCAAGUGUCACCGGCUCUUGGGGAUGAUGGCGUGGUGUGGAAGCCCGGCGGCGACGACGUUGCCCUCCAUGCUUGUCAUUGGCGGGUAGCAGUGUAUAUUAGUUUUAAGUAGAGACCCCUCAGAGAUGUCUCUUACUAUUAAUUUAGCAUGGUUAAUUAAAACAGUUUGUUUAGAGGUAAUUUAAAGCCUGCUAAUUGUAUUAUAGACUUAGAUAAUAGUACUGAUAAUUGAUGAUAUAGUUAAUGUAAAGCUCCGUUGCAGAUGUGACCAUUAUCUGUAUUAUAACUACAUUAUUGCUUGGUAGAUGGUGAUUUUUUGCAAA